CCCCAUACAAAAAAUCGUUGUGAAUUUUGUCUUGGUACUCUACUUUCGUUGCGGUUUUCUCAUCAACCUCUCUUCUCUUCCUCACUUCACCGCCACAACCACAACAACCAUGUUCGCAGGUACAUUCCCUGUAAGAACUUCUUGUUCCACUUCCUUGUCUUCUACGAACUCUGUUACCGACAACGUUUUCACAAAAACUCUCUGUGGUCACUUGUUACCCCUCAACUCGAGGUGGGUCUGUCCCCAUUUUUGUUGUUUCCACUCAAAGACUCUACCUUUACCGACCCCCACGAACGGUAACAAGAAGAAAAGGAAAAAGAACUAUGGCGGCAUAUUACCUUCAAUUUUAAGGUUACUUGAUAUGGCUAAUAACAACAUUGAAGAGACCCUUGAUUCCUUUCGCCAGAAUCUAGGCCCAAAAGAAAUCACUGUUAUUCUCAAAGAACAAAGUGGCAAGUGGGAAAGUGUGGUGAGGGUUUUUGAAUGGUUCAAAUCACAAAAAGGGUAUGUUCCAAACGUGAUUCACUACAACGUGGUGCUUAGAGCCCUUGGAAAGGCUCAACAAUGGGACCAAUUGCGGCUUUGUUGGAUAGACAUGGCGAAAAAUGGUGUUUUGCCAACAAACAACACUUAUAGCAUGCUGGUUGAUGUGUAUGGUAAAGCGGGUCUUGUGCAAGAAGCGCUUUUGUGGAUUAAGCACAUGAGGGUGAGAGGGUUUUUCCCUGAUGAGGUCACAAUGAGCACGGUUGUUAAGGUGUUGAAGGAUGUGGGGGAAUUCGACAGGGCUCAUAGGUUUUAUAAGGGUUGGUGUAAUGGGAGGGUUGAGUUGGAUGAUCUUGAUUUGAAGGAUUCCUUAGUGUUUAGUGCUAAUGGGUCAAGUUCAAUGUCUAUUAGUUUCAAGCAUUUUCUUUCCACUGAGCUAUUUAAGAUAGGUGGGAGGAUUGCUGCUUCUACUACUGUGAAUGAGUUGAAUGUGGAGAAUAUGCUGUUGAAACCGCGAAUCUCUUCCACUUAUAAUACCCUGAUAGAUUUGUAUGGCAAGGCCGGGCGGCUGAAAGAUGCUGCUGAUGUCUUUGCGGACAUGUUAAAUUCCGGAGUGGUGAUGGAUACUUACACUUUUAAUACUAUGAUCUUUAUUUGUGGAAGUCAUGGUAAUUUGGUGGAAGCUGAAUCUUUGCUUGGAAAAAUGGAAGAAAAGGGCGUGUCCCCAGAUACAAAAACUUAUAACAUAUUUUUGUCUUUGUAUGCUAAUGCGGGGAAUAUUGAUGCUGCUCUUGCUUGUUAUAGAAAGAUUAGAGAGGUCGGCCUUCUUCCGGAUGAUGUAACUUACAGAGCUCUACUUGGUGCAUUAUGUGCAAAGAACAUGGUUGAGGUUGCGGAAACUGUAAUUGAUGAAAUGGAGAAGUCUUUUGUUUCUGUUGAUGAACAUUCUCUUCCGGGUAUUGUCGCGAUGUAUAUUAAUGAAGGGGCUCUUGAUAAAGCAAAUGACUUGGUUCAGAAGUUUCAAAUGAACGGGGAACUGUCAUCAAAUAUUUGUGCUGCAAUUAUGGAUGCUUUUGCUGAAAAUGGACUUUGGGCUGAAGCAGAGAAUUUGUUUCAUAGGGAAAGGGACUUGUCAGGAAAGAAAAGGGAUGUUAUAGAAUACAAUGUUAUGAUUAAAGCAUAUGGCAAAGCAAAACUUUAUGAAAAAGCUGUCUCUCUCUUCAAGGGAAUGAAAAAUCAUGGGAUUUGGCCUGGUGAUAGCACAUAUAAUUCUCUUAUACAAAUGUUAUCUGGUGCUGAUUUAGUGGACCAAGCAAGGGACCUCAUGAUUGAAAUGCAGGAAAUGGGGUUUAAGCCACAUUGUCAAACUUUUUCCGCGAUUAUUGGGUGCUAUACUCGCCUUGGUCAGCUUUCUGAUGCGGUCAGUGUGCACCAGGAAAUGGUAAGAGCUGGAGUAAAACCAAAUGAGGUUGUGUAUGGAUCUUUAAUAAAUGGAUUUGCAGAGCAUGGUAGUCUUGAAGAGGCACUUCAGUACUUCUGCAUGAUGGAAGAAUCUGGAUUAUCAGCAAAUUUAGUUGUGCUAACAUCCCUUCUAAAGUCUUAUUGUAAGGUUGGAAACUUGGAAGGAGCAAAAUCCAUAUAUGAGCGGAUGAAGAACUUGGAAGGGGGGCUUGAUUUAGUUGCAUGUAAUAGUAUGAUUGGUCUCUUUGCUGAUCUUGGAUUGGUAUCUGAAGCCAAGUUGGCUUUUGACAAUCUGAGAGAAAUGGGCCAUGCUGAUGCUAUUUCAUAUGCAACAAUGAUGUAUCUUUAUAAAGAUGUGGGCUUGAUUGAUGAGGCAAUUGAGAUUGCAGAGGAGAUGAAACUGUCAGGCUUACUGAGGGAUUGUGUUUCAUUUAAUAAGGUACUGGUGUGUUAUGCUGCUAAUGGGCAAUUUUAUGAGUGUGGUGAAUUAAUACAUGAAAUGAUAGCUCAGAAGCUAUUGCCAAAUGAUGGAACUUUUAAAGUGUUAUUUACUAUACUGAAGAAGGGAGGGAUUCCCUCUGAAGCAGUGGCGCAGUUAGAGUCAUCUUACCAGGAGGGGAAACCUUAUGCUCGGCAAGCAGCUUUCACUGCCUUGUACUCUUUAGUUGGUAUGCAUACUUUGGCACUUGAAUCUGUCCAAACUUUCAUAGAAUCUGGGGUUGAUCUUGACUCCUCUGCCUAUAAUGUGGCAAUCUAUGCAUUUACUUCUGCUGGAGAUAUCAACAAGGCCUUGAAUGUAUAUAUGAAAAUGCGGGAUGAGAAUGUGGGACCUGACCUUGUAACUUAUAUUUAUCUGGUAGGUUGUUAUGGAAAAGCUGGCAUGGUUGAAGGUGUAAAACGAAUAUAUAGUCAGGUAGAAUAUGGAGAGAUAGAAUUGAGUGAGUCUUUGUUCAAUGCAAUUAUAGAUGCCUAUAAAAUUUGCAGCAGGAAGGACCUUGCUGAGUUAGUUAGCCAAGAGAUGAAAUUCACAUUCAACUCGGAAGAACAUUCUGAAAUUAAAGGUGAAGCUGGAUAUGAAAUUGGAAGUGAAACUGAAUAUGAAUCAAAUUCUGAUGAUUGAUGAAGCUUCCUCAGGUUCAUGUCGAGGUUGAUGAACACUUGUAUGGAAAAUUGCAUUUCAGAAUUCCAAUUAUACAAAUGCAGUCAAGUACAGAAGAUAAUCAAGCCAAAUUGACAAGAAUCAGGCUCAAUUAUGGCUGGUGUUACAUACAUUGGACUACUUUCAGUGCCUUUCUUGCUGGUUCAUACCAAGGGAGAGCUUGGGGAACAGCAACUAUAAAUCCAAGAAUGCUUUGACUGUUCUUCAAAAGACUAUGUUGGAGCUUUACAACUCUAUGUUCAUCAAAUAUCCUAAGUGGAUGGGAAUUUGCCAUUGGUGUAGUUACCAAACCUUUGUUGAACUCUCCUGGUGUCCUCUCAUUGAAAAGCACUGACACAACCUAGUGUAAUUAAAGCUAUCCUAGAGGUGUUGUUUGCCUUAAUUUUAGCAGAAUUAAAGGAAGAAAUGAUGCAAUUAGACAAAUUAUACUGAAACUUUGAUCCUCAGGCAAUAGCCUGUUUCUAGAAGCUGCAGUUGUGCUUUAUCUGUCAAAGCCACUGGCAAAACUGAUGCUAUCUGGGGAAUGGGCGGCACUAAUAAUUCAGGUGUUAGAAUUUUAACAAGACCCUCUUUGUAAUGCAACGCAGUCAAGUGGCACCAUUUUACAUUUUGGACCGACCUAGUGGUUUUGAUGAGGACAAAAAUUUAGACAAUCCAAAGCAAAUUCUUUCACUUCAGGGAUUAGCCCUGCUAAUGAGAAGAAUUGAAGGAGAAGUUCGAGAGAAAUAACUUGGCCUUGAUAAUUUCAUGUUGCAUUCGAGCUGACAAUAUAAACAAGAUUUUGUUACAUAAACUCAUUGUUCGAGAGAGAGAAUGAAUUUCCAGUGGACGUGUGUCUGCGCCUUGUAUGUGCUAGUUGUGUUGCUCUACCUUAAUAGAUGUCUACUUAGUAUUUUUUUUACCCCUUGGUUUCCCCCCCUUUUUUUAAUCAGAAAAUGUUGAUAGUCAUUGGAAUCAAGAAGAACCAUGAUAUUAAAUUUCUAAUGAGGACUUGAGAUGGAUGGGGUGGCUUAAACCUUAAUGCACAUUUUCUUUGUUUUUACCUUCAGAAGUGAUGAACGGCUUGUAUUUGCAGUAAUAUUGUUGCUGAUUGAUCUUAUGGUAAUUCUAAUGCAUUAAAUACUAGUGCUUAUAAGGAAUUAUUGGCUAUUCACAGCUAUCUAAGUUGUGAGUUUCAUUAUUUUUAAAAUUAUUACUUUUGUUCGGAGUUCUUGAAAGAACAGAAAACUAAGAACUUUUAUUAAUGGAUAAGAAUUACAGUACAGAUAAUAAAGAAGGAAAAAAAUUUCCCUCCUAACAAAUUCAAAUUAAAUAUUAAUCUAUUAAAUCUCCUAACAAAUUCAUAUUCAAUCUUAUUCUAUCUUAAUAAUCUUAUCUAAUCUCCUGAUAACAGAAUUCAUAUCUUUCCUAAUAACAGAAUGCGAAGUUAUUUAAUAAACCAAUGCUAACAGAAUACUAUUGUCUUCUUCUUGAAUAUAUCUUCCAAGUCUUGAUACCAAUGUGAAAUAGGUCCACUGUUGAAUCCUGAACUUCAGCAUCCCAGCUAACACUUUUAGACCCUCCAUUAUUAUACACGAACUUGAUUAUAAUAUCUUGAAGAGUUAACAAAUGAAAUAGUAGUUUUGUUGAAGAUCCGUUCAAGGGCAGGUAAUGUAGAGCAGAAAUCAUUCAGGCAGUUGUAUCUGCUUUAAAUUGUCAAAUUUGUGACUAGAGUUGGCAGCAAUCACUCUGAGCUCUACUUUUAUUAAGAUACCACUUUUUUAUUUUAUGUUUAUAUAGAGAAUCAUUAAUGGAAAAAAAAAAAAUCACUUUUAGAACAUUUCUAGAAACUAGAAUUCUCAAAAACACGACUACCCAAAAAAUAUCAUUCACAGGAACUACAAAAUAUUUCUCACGCCAAACUCUCCCUUGAAGCUGACUGACAACCCACCAAAUUAUCAUGCACCAAAUGGUAUGAGGGGUAUUUUCUAAUCUUGAACCCACGUCUCAUAGAAGCAUGAAUUUUUGUGACUUCAAGAUUUCAAACACCAAAUUGUGUAGUCUCUUGAACUAUCAGAGAGUUAUUUCAACUAGCUGCAAAUAGAUGAGAAAGCUGAAAUGGUAUUGAUAAGAAACCUACUUAGAGUGCAUUCAGUAUAAUUUUUUUUUUUAAAAAAAAGCUCUUUUUAACUUAUACUAAAAAGUUUUGUGGUCAAAUUUGUACAAUAUAUUCGCGUCUGAAAAGAACCUAUUAAAUAAUUUUCAACAUUCUCUUUAAGCUUUUAUAAAAUGAGCCUUUUACUGAUCAUAAAUGCACAACAUAAAAAAAAAAAAAAAAAAAAAAAACAUUACAACAUUAAUCUUUCAUCUGAUUCAAAUCCUCUAGACACACUCAAGUGUCUAACAAGGCA